AUGCCAAGCCGCGAUCUCUCACUGCUCCAGCCUGGUCUCCAAAUUGACCUCACAUCUCUUCACCACGACACUGCUUACAGACAAAUCUGCUCAAUGCCUCCUAUACGCCCCCAAAUCCACCUCUUUAGACCGACCUCCCUCCUCUCCUCACAUCCAGCGCGAUAUUUUCCACCACCACGCCCCUCAGCGGCUCGCACCCUCGCCUCCACUCACCCGCCAGACGUUUCCGAGCACCCUUCGCCAGACACAGCUUCACACGAGAGCCACUAUGAUCCACCAUCCGGCUGGCUUUUUGGAAUCCCUCCGGGCGAGAAAUACAAGAAGGAAGGAUGGGAGAAUGCGUGGGUGUAUGGGUAUUGGGGCAGUUUGCUGUUGGGGAUUGUAGCUUAUGCUUAUAAGCCUGAUACUUCAAUACAAACAUGGGCGUUAGAAGAGGCAAGGAGAAGACUGGAAGCGGAGGGUAUAUUACCGGAUCCUGACGACGAGGCAAAGAAACAGACAUAG